AUGGAUUUACCAAGUAUAAAGACUUCAUUUGUUGAAGUAACUAACAAAUUACCCAGAAAACCACCAUGUAAAAUAUACUUUAAAAAUGAAUUUGAACAACCAUCUGGAAGUUUCAAAUUAAGAGGUAUGGGUUAUUUAAUUUAUAAAUCAGUUGAAAAGGCUAGAGCUCAAGGUAAAUCAAACAUUGAAGUAUUUUGCUCAUCUGGUGGUAAUGCUGGUUUAGCUGCUGCUUAUGCUUCCGCAUAUUAUAAUCUAAAAUGUACUGUUGUUUUACCAAUUGUUUCAAAGAAAAAUGUAAUUGAAAAAUUAGAAUUUAUGGGUGCUAAAGUUAUAAUAUAUGGUAAACAUUGGGGAGAGGCUGAUAAUCACUUAAAAGAAUUGAUUAAAAAUUUAGACAACUCAAUUUACCCAGUUUAUGCACAUCCAUUUGAUGAUGAAUUAAUAUGGCAAGGUCAUUCUCAAAUCUUGACUGAAAUUAUAAAUGAAAAACAAUUGGACAGUUUUGAUGAUGUUAAAGGUGUAGUUUGUUCGGUUGGUGGUGGUGGAUUAUAUAAUGGUAUGAUUCAAGGUUUAAAUGAUUUAAAUUCAAAGGCUAAGGUUUUGGCAAUUGAAACUUUGCAAACUCCAACUUUCCAUGAAACUAUAAAAGUUGGUAAGAUUAUACAUUUAGAGAAAAUUGAAACUUUAUCAAAUUCAUUAGGAUCUCCAUAUAUGAGUAAGAAAUCAUUUGAAAAUUAUAAUCUAGGAAACACAAAAAUUGAAGUUUUAGAUGAUCUAGAUGGUGUUCAAGGUACAUUAGAUUUACACGAUUUAUUUGGUUAUAAAGUUGAACCAGCCUGUGGUGUUUCAGUAGCUACAGUAUUACAUAGAUUGGAUAUUAUAGAAAAGAACUUUCAGGAUUUAAAACCUGAUGAUAUUAUAAUUAUCCUAGUUUGUGGUGGGUCAGGUAUAAAUGAUGAAAUUAUAGAUUUUUAUAGACAAUUGGUAGCAUCAUAA